AUGAACAAAAGGGCAGCGGAUGGAAGUGUUGUGAAAAAAGAAAAUUUGACAUGGACAGAUAAUAUGGAUAAUGCUCUAGUUGAAGCUCUUGUAAAGGAAGAUGAUAUAGGUAAUCGGGUGAAUGGUACAUUCACUUCGCAAGCAUAUGCGAACAUGAUUGCAGGGUUGAGUAAAGAGUUUAACAAGUCUAUUACAAAAGAUCAACUUAAAAACAGAAUGAAAACUUUAAAAGGUAAUUUUAGUAAAUGGUAUGAUAUGUAUCGGGGUACUUCGUUGAGUGGGUUCUCAUGGAAUUCUCAAACAAAACACAUUGAAGCAGAGGAUGAAGUAUGGGAGCAAUUAAUUAAAGCGAACCCUGAAGCAGCUGCAUUCAGGACCAAAAGAUUUCAAAUUACAAUCAGUUGGAGAUGUUAUUUUCAGAUGACAGAGCAUCGGGAUCAAAAGCGGAAACAACAAAAGAAAAAAAACGCCCGGUUAAGCAAAUCCAAAGAAAUUAAAAUAGAAAAAAUUGCUGAUGUGGAAAAACUAAUGACAAAUAAGGAGGUAAGUUUGGAGAAUGUACACAAAGAUGAUGAUGAGGACAUUCAAAUAGUGUCAGUAACAGAUGUUUCACCUGAUGGGAGUUCAAAAGCAAAGAAGCUGAAGAGUAAAAAAAGAAAACUAGAAAGCAAACUUCAAGAUGAAGACGAAGUAGUAGCUGAAACUGAACCUGAACCUCAACCUCAACCAGAAUCUUUUGAACAGAAUAUUGUGCAAACAUUUAAAGAAAUCGUUGAUGUUAUGAGGGAAGGGAACAAAUCUCGUGACUAUACAGGUGAGGAAAUCGAGAAAGAGUUAGAGUUGAUGGGUUUGGAUGACGAUGAAUUUGCGGAUGCUUUUAUAUAUUUAUCGCGUAAUCAAGCCGAUGCUAGGACAAUUUUUAGUUCUUCAAUGAGGAUGAGGAAAAUCUUUUUAAGAAAGAUGAUGAGUGAAGCUAAAAAUUGA